AUGAUCAUUGGUGGAAUCCUCGGUGGUUUGAUAAGUAUUCCAUUUGGGAGGACGACGAAUAAUCACUUUCGAAUGUUCAAUCUUUUCCAAAAAAUGAACUGGUUUCUUCGGUUAGAUGUCGAAAUUCGGCACAAAGAGCGACUGCAAUCGAAUGAGCCCUAUAUUUUGAUUGCGAAUCAUCAGAGUUGUAUCGAUGUGUUGGCAAUGUCCUAUGCGUGGCCGGAGAAUUGUGUGGUCAUUCUAAAAUCCUCACUCAAAUGGUUGCCUGGGUUCAACUUGUGCGCCUGGCUGUGUCAUUCUAUCUACAUAAAUCGAUUCAACAAAGAGAAAUCAAAAAACACCGUUGAUGCGACCUCAGUGGCAAUCAAGGAACAUAAGAGAAAAGUUUGGGUCUUCCCUGAAGGCACGCGAAAUCCCGGCUCGAAAUUAUUAUCAUUCAAGAAAGGAGCCUUCAUUCUUGCACACCAAUCAAAGAUCCCGGUCGUUUGUUGUGUUUUCUCAUCACAUAAACAAUUCUAUGAUUGGGAAGAGAAACGUUUCGAUGAUUCGGGCAGAAUUUUAGCAGAGAUUUUGCCGGCAAUUGAUUCCACCAAAUUUGAAUCAAUUGAUGCCCUUUCGGAUCAUUGUCAUGAAAUUAUGCAAAAGAAAUUCGAUGAGAUCAAUCAAAAUCUCGGAAUCACUGUCGAAUCAUCAAAACGAGAA